AUGCUGCGGGCCGCCCGGUCGCGGCUGGGGCCGGAGCGCUGCGCCGAGGUGGCGCAGUUCAUCCACGCCGACGUGCGGGACAUCCCGCUGCCCUCCGGCUGCGUGGACGCGGUGCUCUCCUGCGCCGUGCUGCACCACCUUCCCGGCGCGGAGUCGCGGGACGCCCUCGGGGAGUUCGCGCGCGUGCUGAGGCCCGGCGGCCGGCUGCUCGCCUCCGCGUGGGACCCGCGCGCGCGGGCCGUGGCCAAGCGCGGGCGGCCCGUGGGCGGGGGCGACCCGCACGCCUACUGGGUGGCGUGGCGGUGCGAUGACGGCGGCGACGUGGACCGGUGGUACCACCUGCCCCCGCUGCCCGAGCGCCGGGAGCUCUGGCGCGACGUGCCCGGGCUCGUGCCCGCCUCGGAGCCGUGCCUGGACCGCGACAACCAGGUCUUCGAGUGGACCAGGGCACUCCAGGCCAGAGAGAGUCGGGCGGCGGCGGCUCCGCUCCGUGGGGAGGGGCGG